AUGAGAAACCACACAGCAAUAACCACGUUCAUUCUCCUGGGAUUUACUGAUGACCCACAACUCCAGAAAAUAAUUUUUGUAUCUCUACUUAUUGCCUACCUGUUGAGUAUAACUGGAAACAUGACCAUCAUCCUCCUCGUGUUAGUGGAUAACCACCUUAAAACUGCCAUGUACUAUUUUCUCCAAAAUUUUUCCUUUCUAGAAAUUUCAUUCACUUCUGCCUGCAUUCCUAAAUUCUUGUAUAGUCUGUCAACAGGCGACAGGACCAUUACCUAUAAUGAUUGUCUAAGCCAAAUAUUUUUUGUAUAUGUGUUUGUAAUAACACAAUUUUUUCUCCUGACGGUCAUGUCCUAUGACCGGUACGUGGCCAUCUGCAAACCCCUGCACUAUGUGACCAUCAUGAACCGCAGGGUCUGCAAAAUGCUUGUCUUCUGCUGCUGGGUGACUGCUUUGUUAAUGGUAAUACCACUGUUUUUUUUGUUACUGGGCCUGGAAUUCUGUGACUCCAAUGCCAUCGACCACUUUGCCUGUGAUGUUAACCCCCUGAUAAAGAUCUCAUGUUCAGAUACUGUGCUCUUAGAGCAGAUGGUCAUUAUCUGCUCGGUGUUGAUCUUCAUCCUGACUCUCGUGUGUGUGGUUUUGUCCUAUGUUUAUAUCGUCAGAACAAUCCUGAGGUUCCCGUCAGCUCAGCAAAGGAAGAAGGCGUUUUCCACCUGCUCGUCCCACAUGAUUGUGCUUUCUAUCUCCUACGGCAGCUGCAUCUUUGUCUACACCAAACCUUCAGCAAAAGAUGACAUGACCAUGAAUAAGGGGAUCACACUACUAAAUACUUCCAUUUCCCCCAUGUUGAACCCAUUUAUUUAUACUCUGAGGAACAAGCAAGUGAUUCAAGCCUUUAAUGACUUAAUAAAAAAAUUGUACUAUUCUGAAGGAAUUAGGGGAAUGUUGAAGUAA